CCUCACUCUAUAUUCCAUCCCCAUCACGAUGUCUCGAACACGCCAGCCAAUGGGAUCAAAUUCAUUCCAAACCACUACAGAGUCCUCACAAGACUCCUCAACAGCCCGCAUUCCCACAACCCUCAGAUUACGAGCAGAGGAAGCACCAACUGACACCAGCGAAGCAACAUCGUCUUCUCGGCGAAUCAGAUGGAGUGAAGAUGUUGUAGACAACGAGGGCAUGGGCAAAAAGAGCUCAAAGGUCUGCUGCAUCUACCACAAAGCCCGGCCAGUGGGAGAAAGUAGCUCAGAAGAGUCCUCAUCCAGCUCAUCUGAGAGCGACAGCGAGAGUGAAGACGACCGUCGCACCGCCAGAGUCAACCGGGCUCGCCACACACACUCACACGGAGGGCGGGAACAGCAUGCGUCUCACCCUGGCGAAGGGUGUUGCCCCGAGGAUCACGGCUCUAAACCGAAACGCAAUCGCAGGAAGCCGAGUCCGAAUGCAUAUGAGAAGAUGCCAAAGCCGUCGAAGAAUCAGAAUCAGAAUCAAAGUCAAAAUCAUGCGCGGGGUACUUGA